CUUUAAAUAGUAAUUAUACUAGUAAUCGAACACACGAUUACCUUGAAGUUCUACUUUGAACGGAAUCAAAAUGGAUAAUACCGAACUCUUAUUUUUCGACACGUUCUCUCACGAUAUUUCUGAGGAACUUAAUUUAGACUUGGUACAAUUUCCAAAACCUGUCUACAUCAGUGAAGUUAGAAUAAUUCCUCUUGGAGCUCGAGUCCAGGCUGACUUUCCUGGAGGAGUUCGCUUAGGUGCAACCAAUCCCUCUCAAUUUGAGAUAGAAUUUUUUGUGAAUGAUUUGAGUAAACCAGGAGCUUCUACUUUUGAAUCUCUGGGUGGCUUAGAAUAUAAACAAAAUGUUCACAUUCAAUUAGAAUGUGAGCGUAAACAAAUACCAACAGAUGGGCUAGUUUUACGUGGGUGGUACACCACUAUUACUCUUGCUGUUUAUGGAACUCUGACCAAGUCACUGAGCAAUCCACAGGAAGUUAUAGGACCCACUGCUGGCUCUAGUGUUUGUGUAGGUGGAUUAGAAGAGACCACAGAAUGCACUGUAUCAAUAACAGAACAACAGCCUGAAUGGUAUUAUGAAAAUCAACAACAAACUAAUCCUCCACAGGAGGCCUGUGUCACGGCAACACCAUCUCCACCUGUUCAACUUAUUCAGACAGUGGAACCCACAAGAAAUUCUACAGCUGAACCUGUAGGCACCGAACCAGAACAAUGGGAAGAACAUCCACCAAAUUCAGUUCAGAAACCAGUAAAACGACCGUCCUCGCCGCCUUCGGAAUCUUUAGUCUCCUUAAGCCCAGAAUCCAUUUCUGCAGAGGAGGAAGACGGAGAACGGGAUGCUGGGGAAACUGGUGCAGUAGAACCAUUCGAGCCUAUCUUAUCCGACGAGGAUAUAAUGGCAGAUGACAUACCACCAGUCAUAGAAUACGAAUGUGACACUACACAAAUAGCAGAUUUGUACGUUCUGCAUCCUCCAGAUCUUCUAGAGAUAGAAACAUCAGCCGAAACGACUGAGAAAAAGUUGCGAGAGGAUGCAACGUUAGAAAAAUUACGGGAGACUUUACACUCAUUAGCGAAAUCCGUUUUAAAUUUUGUGAAUGGUCCUGGCCAAGAAAAGGAAACUUUUGUACAUAAUUGUGAAACUCUGUGCUCUAUUCUGGGAUCUCAUGAGCUCGAUCCUGAGGAUUUUAAGGAGUUGACAAAUAUUGUUAACGCAGGUCUGGAUAUGGAAUUUGCACGUGCUCAACCUCAACCAGCCUAUAAAGUGCGACAUGUUAAAGUUGGAGUUCGUCUAUCUGAAGCAUUAUGCAGAGUCUCUUUGGGUGCGGAUAUCCUUCUGGAAGUGAAUGCUCCUUACAAGCUCCUGGAAUUGUGUAUGCUAGAAAAUGUGGCACUUCCUGUAAAACUCUCUGCUUUGAGAGCACUGGAUGCAGCUCUGAUCAGUCCAAAAAUUGUUAAGGAAUUUCUCAAAUCUGAGACUAAUCUUUAUAAACUUGCACUAGAGAUGCUCGACGGCGCAAAGCUCGCUAGAUUGAAGUACGCUUUGAGUUCCUUGCUAAGGAAAGUUCAUGUUUAUGAAUUACUAGAAGAAACUGAGGAACUCUCGGAAUUGGCACUAUCAGAAUUAAUGAAUUCAUACUCGUAUGCUCCAACCUUAAUGGCACAGCCUAAACGGCAACUACCUGCCAGUGCACAAAUGGAAUUCGAACGGGAGCAGAAUCGGAAUCCUCGAGGACACCUUAUUGCCUACUUCGAGCACCAUAAACUGGCCUGUCGUCUCUUAGUGACCCUUAUAUCACCCCAAUCCCAUGUGAACUCUAUAAAAGCAGCACGACGUUUCCUCUUGAGACUCAGUGACACCAAAGAAGGUCUUCUGUAUCUCUUAAAAGAACCUGAGAUCACUAAAUCUAUAUUAAAAGCCCUUCGCUACGAUCAUCCUGGUGUUGGUUCGAUAUUAGCCUGGCGACUUCAAGUAGCGCGAUGCCUAAUAUCUCUCCAACAAGAACCGGUCGACUGGAUGGCCUUAAAGAAAUUACAUUCCUUCUUGGUAUUUCCUGAAGGUAUACGUGCUAUAGUCACAAUUCUUCCUCUAAAUGGAUUCCUGGACAUUCUGAUACCACACCUCGCAGAUGCGAAUCUUGGAGAAUUUGCAGCUGAAGUUGUCUCUACCACUGUACGCUAUUCCGAUCGUGUUGAAAUCUUUCAAACCCGUGCAGCGGAAAUUAUAGAGAAGUCUAGAAAUCAGGCACAUUUGCGUGACGUUGUACCAUACUUGACAAUAGCAGCUCAAGCUUCCAGCUGGAACUACGGUGAUGUCUCUACCUUAGUCGCAGCUAUAAGAAAAAAUGCAGACAGAGCAGCAUCACUACCUGGUGAAUUAGUCACUGCCUGUAGGAUCCUAGUAUACCUGGUGUUUCCCUCAAAGAAUGACAUGGACCCUAUGGAACCUUACGUGGAAUUAAAACACAGAAACGCCCUGACACAGUUAUUCGCCGCUGAUGGUCUCACUGCUCUGGUUGCAGUUAUGACCAACAUUACGGAAUUCUAUGAACAACCAUAUUUGCAUCGUGCAGCUUUAACAGGACGCAGAGGUCUGGCACUAGUAGCACUGCUCUUACCUUGUGUUAAAUUAACAAGAGCAAUUUUGGAACGUCUUGUAAAGUGUAUGGCAACAGACUUCAAAGACUUGACGGCAGUAUUGCCACUGCUUGGUGUAUAUUCCUUGGUAGAAGCUAUACCAAGUAAUUCAAUUAUCGGAACACUGUCUGAUCAGAUUGUGGGAACAUUAUUGGUAUUUACACACGCUGUGAAUUCCGAUGGUUCUGGAAACGUAGCUAAAUCACUCUGGACUCAAAUGCUUGGUGAAGUCUUGAAGAGGAUUGCUCUAAGUCCAUGCAAUUUCGUACCCGGCAUGAAGUUGCUGUCUCGGUUACUACCACCGAUAUUGACCUCUAAGGAAACCAUCCCUGAAGACAUGAUGCGUGCUCUUGGAUUAAGAAAGCUUUGGUCUGCUCACUUACAGGCUCAGGCUAGUAACCUCACAGAGACUUUACGGCUGCUCUGUGCUAGCUGGGAUAAAGAUGUGCUCACGUUACUCUCCACAGUCUGCAAACAACUUAGCGACCUGGCUGCACCUACUGCUCUUCUUGUAGGAAGAUGUCUUUUAGAUGGAAUAUUAGCUGCUACUCCUUUGGAAAAUAAUUCUCCAAUAUUAGCGUUACUUGGAGAUCUAGCUAGACAUGCACCUGUUAAGGCCACACUCCUGACUCUUACAAGUCCUGCGUCCAGGGCUCAGGUCAAGUCUGAUCAAAGAUAUCCACCUGUCAUUGAAAUGCUGUGCACUGCUUUGAAAACUACUAACGACGUUGUACAACGUGAGAUAAUUGAUAUCUUUGAGACUUUGUGCGAUUCUUCCCUGAGCCUUGUUCAAGAAGACUCCAGUGAACCUUUUGAAAAGAAAUUAACGCAUUCUGUACCCAGUAAGGAACCACUGCUUUCCAUUUUGGCUGUACUCAUUGAAAUCCUUGCAAGUGCGUCAAAGUAUCAAGUGGAUGUAUUAGAAAGUACUUUGCAGAUACUGGUGUCUCUUACAAGUCAUAACUAUGGACUGUAUCAUGUGAAGAGUUGUUUAGAAAAUAAUCCGGAUGCCUUAAGAUCUUUACUAGAACAUGUGUCAAAUCUUGAGGAAAACUCGAAUACGAAGUGCACCUUAGAAUUGACUGUGACGUUCUUAGAAAGUUUAAUUUCUUGUAAAACAGAAAAUAGAAGUUUGUACUUGCGUUCACAACAGUUAAUGUCUUUGAUAUCUUGGGAUAAAAAUGGUCAUCCCCUUGACAAAUUGGUAGGAGCAAAAGACCUAAUAGAAAUAUUAAAGAGUUCCGAAGAGAAAGAAGAAAAAGAGCCUAUACCGGAAAUGUUGGAACCUUUACUCCCGACCCCAGAAGCUCUCUUAAAUCAAUUUUCUCAAAGAUCCUUUGGAGCUGUGGAAUCUAGUUCAAAGCGAACGAAAAAAUGUACUUUCGGAGCAUCACGUCAACCAUCCACUGAAAAUACAGUUGAUCUAUUAGCUCUGGCAUCAGAACUUCUCCCCGCAGACUUCAAUCUUCUAGCGGAAGCACAGCUACUGUGCUCAAAAGCGCCACCAGAUGAUGCUACACAACCCUUGCAACCAAAGUCACAGGCAGAUUCUCAAGAUGCGAGAGACGUGCAAAAGCCUACAAAUGUGCCCGCUGCCAAAACUAAGCAACCAUUUGUGACGCCCAUGCGUGGAAGGGCUCAGUUCGCCAACAACCUUAGAGGUGGACAAGUAGUAGGCGGUGUCGGAAGAGGCUCAGAUCCAUUCAGAUCUAGACCUCCGAAUACUUCAAGACCACCGUCUCUUCAUGUAGAUGAUUUCGUAGCUCUAGAAACCUGCGGAGCUCAGCCUACAGGUCCAACGGGAUAUAAUAAAAUAAAUAUUCGUGGACCUUGUCCACCCCGAGGUGUCAUGGUUGGAACUAGAAGUCGACCGUGGGUACCAGAGCCACGACCGCCGUAUCUUCGUUAAGAAAUGUUUAUUUUAUAUUAUUGAGUAUCAAUGAAAUAUCAUUGCUGCUAAAUACAUGAUUCUCCUAAGACAAUAA